CGUUGGAACUCUUCCGUUUGCUCUUGGAGACCUUGCUCGGACGAGACGGAGAAGCAUGCUGAUCAGAGCUCUGGAUGAGUCCUGUGAUGUUGUGAUCGUGCUUGCCUGAAUACAAGUAGCAAUGUACAAUCCACCAAAGCAACAAAGAUAGUCUAGUCAAAGUGGUAUGUGAGUCCGAGUAAUAAGUGGUGUGAGUCCAAGCUCUAGCUAGUGAGCCUUUAGAAGCAAACUCUGAACAGCUCUCCAAUCGAAUCGUAGUAGGUUGCAUCUCAAGCAAGGAAAAGGAGACUUGCUUUGAGUGUGACAAUAAUCUCAAGGUUCAAAGUUCAUGGACUACUCGGAUCAUCAAGACAAUCAAUCCGGUGGACAGUCCACAUCCGCCGCCGCCAUGCCCCCACGAGGACAAUCUAAUGUACUGCCUCCUGUCCCCGAAGACGGAUGGGAGAAUUUUUUCGAGGACGAAUUGGGGCAAAAACCAAGCAGUGGCAGUGCGGAUGAUAGCAGUAUCAGUAGCAGUCCUUCCCGUCGUGUAUCAAUAGAUCCUCCAGGCUCGACGUUGCCGUAUAAUCGAGAGGAGGAAGAAGAAGAGGAGGAUACUACCAGUCAAGCCAUUGAUCAACCCUUGGCGCCCAACCUGAUCACCGCCAAGGAAAUGGGAGGAGGCAACCAUUCGGAUUCGGCGCGGACCUUUGGUACAUUUAUGGAAUCGAUUCCCGAAGAGGGAAAUUCCAUGUUGAGCACAGCCUCCUUUUCCUUUCUCCAACCUCCACCGGCUCAUCUACUCCACAGUACGGAUGAUGAUGAUGAUGAUGAGUUUUCCGACCAACAAUCCUUCUCGGGAGACGUCGAACAAACCAUUAUUCGUCUUCCGGAAGAUGAUAUUGAUCAUCCACCCCUGCAAGAGCAAUCCUUGGCGUCCUUGUCGUACGAAUCCUUCGCCGCCGCGUCGUCUCGUACGGGAUCUGGCUUGGCGGCUCCUGCCAAUGAUACCGCAGCGGCCGAGGAAGGACGGGCAAACCAAUUGAAUAUCGACGAUGAUGAUGAUGAUGGACUCCCUCGGGGACACGAGUUGCAUGUCGACGACGAACAACGACAACAACAGGAACGACGCAAACGGGCCAUGAUUCCCGCCGUCAUUUAUUUGGCUGUAGGGUUUCUCUUUUUGGCCGGAGUGGUUGUGGCCGUGAUUAUCCUUGUGGGUGGAACGACAGCGGAACAAGAAGAACCCAUGAUGGUCGUGGCCACACCAACGCCCACCACCGCCAUGGAUACAGCAACAAUAACAACAACCCUAACCACUAUGGCACCCACCCGGAAUGCCACCAUUUUCAAUCUCCUUCCCAACUUCACUCGCGAAUCCAUCCAGUCAGACUCGAAUUCUCCACAAGCGCUAGCCUAUCAAUGGCUCUUGGACGACAAUGAUGCGGGGGAAACUCUGUUGUCGGAAGAUCGCAUCCUCCAACGAUUUGCUUUGGCCACGUUGUUUUAUGCGACGAGAGGACCUACCGAGUGGCUUCAAAGCAAUCAUUGGCUCAAUCAUAGCCGGCAUGAAUGUGACUGGUUUCAGAACAAGGAUCAAUACACCGUCUUGGGGGCAACCUCCAACAACGAGACCAUUCCGGAUGGCAGUCCUUGUUGGGAUCCGGCGUCUCCCAAUCAAACGGAUUCUUUGCAAUACCUCCGUUUACAACAAAAUCAACUACAAGGCACUCUUCCACCCGAAUUAUCCUUGUUGACUAACUUGGUCCGUUUGGACUUGAUGUCCAAUGAUCUAACGAAUACAAUCCCCACCGAGCUGGGACAGCUGAGCCUUCUGCAAGUUCUUGGGUUGUCGGAGAAUCCAAGUCUGGGCGGAACAAUCCCAGCAGAACUAGCUUCCAUUGGUUCCUUGACUCGCUUCUCGGUGGCAGAUACCAAUGUGACGGGCCAAGUACCGGACGAGUUGUGCGCCAUCGAUACGAUUGAAUUCACCUGUUCCAACCAGCUGUGUGGUUGCGUAUGGUGUGCCUGUGAGACAGCAGCACCCGUGGAAGUGCAGACCACCAGUGACGGAAACAACUUUGGCGCCGAACAAACUGCCAAGCCAACGGAAACAGCUCUUGUGGAGGUGCAGACCACCACCAAUGAUGGAAACGAAUUUGUCGCCGAACAAACUGCCAAGCCAAUGGAAACCGAUGUACCAAUGCCAAUCAACAACAGCAACACAAACACACCGCUGGGCAUCACUGUGCCAGUGCCAACCAGCGCGCCCACUAGCGGCUACUUUGAUAUGCCGCCACUCGAAACCAGUACACCCACAAACGGUGACACCAGUGAUAUACUGGGAACCGAUGCGCCAGUGUCAACCGGCACACCCACGAGCGGCGACACAACCAACAUCCCCAUGGCAACCAGCACACCCACAAACAGCAACACUGGAGGGUUCGUUGGUGACACAACCACGGGUGCACCCACAGAUGGCGUGACGACAGUGAACACGGACGAAACGACCACGACGGAGUAUGGCGAAGACGGCAACAGCCCAUCCGGUGUUGUCAACACCAGCACGACAAAUCCAGGUGGAAGCGACGCCAACGGGGCUGUUACGCUGGGAAUCAUAAUCGACGCAUUUGCAAACGACAACGCAACUCAGGCUGUAACACAAGAACAGGAUUAUGGCAGCAUGCUAAUCGGGCAAGUCGAAAAUUUUCAGUAUGUUGAACCGCCGUGAGAUUGAUUCCGAGCAUUGGGAAGGGGCGAUCAAAAUGUGGUUCGAGGGCACGGUAGCACCGUAGAGGCAGCGGCUUGCCUGCAGUUGCUGGCUUACUGUAACUAAUACACGUACUUCAACAAGAAGGCGGCGC